AUGCCUUUAGACUCUAAGUGGGCUCGCGUACCAGCAGAGGAUGGUAAAGCCUCUCCUGCGCAGACCGCUAAUACAGGAAAGAAGAAGCCGGCAGCGCGUUCGGAAGAGCGGCGAUCUUCGCACGGAGCAGUAAAGCCACAGGAGGAGGGCAAAACCAAAGAUAGCAAACGGUGGCCACGCAAAAAGGGCGCGAAUUCGAGCGCUAGGGUGAACUCCGCGGGGUCGGGUGGGUCCGCGUCCAGCGCGGAGCAGCUUGACUCGCGCCCGUCGACGAGUGGCAGCCAGUCCAAGAGUCGUAUAUUCGACAAGGCGGCCGGGAGGGGACCAAACCCUCUGGCAGUCCGCCUGGGGAUCACGGACGAGUCAGCGCGGUCGAAGCGGGACGGCGAGCGGCGCGCUGCGGGCAAGGGCGCGGCGAAACGUGCGUCGAGGACGAACGCGCCCGCGCACCGGCAGGUGAAAGGCGACGGGCGCGGCCAGGCCCCGCGCCCGUUGAAAGAUGAUCCAGCCACGGUGAGUGAGCUGGAGCGGCGCAUCUUUGAGCAGCGCAAGCUGCUGGCCAUGCGACAGCACCAAGCCGAGCAAGAGCGGCUAUUGCAGGACUUUUUAUGCGACGACUUUCCGCUGGAGUGGGAUGAGAACGAGCUAGUGGGCCAGUUAGACAAGUUGGCCACGCGCUAG